GCAAGCAUGGCGAACAGUGCGAACGGCGAGGACAACUCGAGGGCCAUCGGCAUCCUGCAGGACGCCCUGCAGACCCUGCAGAACGACGCGAACGCGGAUCGUGGGACGCAGGGUGGCGCCGACCGCAAGUCGAUGCGCGCCGAGCUGCGGUCACUUGACUUCUGGAGGGCCAUCAUCGCCGAGUGCAUCGGCAGCUUCUUCUACGUCUUCAUGGUGUGCGGCGCCAUCGGACAGCACUCCAACAGCAUGUUGCUGUCCACCAUCAGCGUUGCGCUUGCCACUGGAUGCGGCGCCGCUGCUCUCAUCUUCUGCUUUGGAGCCGUUUCUGGAGCUCACGUGAGUCCGGCGGUGACCAUCGCCUUGGCGGCCACAAGGAACAUUUCGCCCAUUCGAGGAUUUAUGUUCGUCACCGCGCAGUGCGGAGGCGGCAUCGCCGGAGCAGCCCUUCUCUAUGGAGUGAGCCCCAACCCAGGUAUGUUGCAGCUGGCGGCCGUACCUGGUCCUUCCUCAGCCACCGAACCCUGGCAGAUGUUCACCCAAGAGGUGGUCCUUACUUUCCUUGUUGUGCUGUGUUACUUCGUGGCACGUGGCCAGGCUAAGGCGCCGGCCGUCGGAGCCGCUUACCUCGCAACUACGCUUACCAGCUCUCCUCCGUCACUGAAUCCAGCACGAGCUCUUGGACCUUCUUUCGUUUUGCACAAAUGGGAAAGCCACUGGGUAUUUUGGUUCGGCCCUCUGCUGGGAGGUCUCAUGGCUGGAAUGUUAUACGAAUUUAUCCUGAAUCCACGCAAACUUAGUGAACGCAACAAGGGCUCAAGUUAUGGAGAUUCCUCCAGUGUCCAUAGUGAUCCUGACAACUACGAAGAUUUGGACAAAGGCUGUGCUUACAAUAGUCUUAGGGGACGUCAACCUAUUAGUCCCAUCUCGCCAGGUCUUGCUACCACAAGCAACUACUGCCUAAACAUCAAGAAUGCAGCUGAGCCUAUCUAUUCGCCUCGAUCCAUGUACACAAAGUCACCAGCACUGACCAGGGCCAACCUCAACCGCAGCCAGUCAGUCUACGCAAAGUCACCACCCGCCACUCUGCUUACUCGGGCUGGAGCUGUUCCCCCACCACCUUUGACCCCUUCGCAGUCCCUGUACCCUGGAAUGGUGUGCCGCACUUCCGUCUACAACAUGCCCCGACCUGCUCAGACCAACAUCUAUCAACUCCGUUCACCACAAACCCAGGCAGAGGCUAUCUACGGCCAGAGGCAGCAUUCGGCCAGUCCUGCUGAGGAGUCAUCCUACGGAUCCUUCAAACACAGUUCCAAGUCAAGCAGGGACUAUCCAAUGUCUCCUGGCAAUAAUGCUGGUUGCAAUUAUUAACCAAAAUAUUUGGAAGUAUUAAUAAAUUCAGUCCCUUGUUAGUUGUGAAUAAGCUGAAAAGACUUCUCCUUUUUAAUAUGUGCUGUGUACAUAUUUUUUAUGUAUUAUUCAAAUUUUCGAAUCUUAUUGCUGCUACUUUAGGAAUAAUUGUAUAAAUGUUUCAAUGUAUUUUUUAUUCAAAAAUAUGUUUGGCGUCUGACAUAAGCUGUCCAACACUGCCAUUGUUUUGAAGACCCCACCCUCUCGUUCACUUCAGGUCUGACCAUUGAGAUGUCUGAUUGUUGUUCCCAGAGGAAAAAAAUCAUCUCAUUUUCACUUGUUGAAACUUGCAUUUAUCUGCUUAUUUGCAGAUGGUCUCAUUUGUAUUUUAUAAAGAAAAAAAUAAGAUAGAAGAUUAUCAUAACCUACAAAAUAAUGCUAAAUACUGAGUGCAAAAAUCUUUUAGUCCCAUAAAUUUACAGAAGUAAAUUGCAAAGGACCUUGAAGAUUUUUAAAAAUUGUAAUAUAAAUAAAAAAUUCAGCAGAUAUUUUGAGUAGAUAGGAUUAAAAGAUAUUUUGCAUAUAGAAAAAUUAUAAAUACAAUUGGAAUAAUUUGAUUGUAAACUGUGUAAUGUAAAGAGUGAAAUAAAUCUGAAUAUUUAAUUAAAAAGCUUCAUAAUUUUUCAGCUU